CUCAAGUGAGUGACCCACCACCAAAAGCAUUCACUUAUUAUUCUCUCCACAUCAAAUCAAAAUCAAGUUAGCAACAAGUAAUCAACAUACAAACCCCCUCAUCAUCUAUAUAUCUCACACACCUCAUUAUAUAUCAUCUCUUUCUUGGUGUCCCACAAAAUUUUGGUUCCACCCUGAGCAAGGAAAAAGAUUAGAGAGAGAGAGAGGGACAAAAUGGAUUGUGGGGGUAACAAGAUUGGUGGAAGUGAUAGGGGUGGGCCUUGUGGUGCCUGCAAGUUUCUGAGAAGAAAGUGUGUGAAGGGUUGCAUAUUUGCACCAUACUUUGACUCAGACCAAGGAACGGCUCAUUUUGCUGCGGUGCACAAGGUGUUUGGUGCUAGCAAUGCCUCUAAGUUACUCAUGCGGAUUCCAGCACACAAAAGACUUGAUGCUGUUGUUACUCUUUGCUAUGAGGCUUUGGCUAGGGCUAGAGACCCCGUUUAUGGUUGUGUUGGUCACCUCUUUGCUCUUCAACAACAGGUCAUGAACUUGCAGGCUGAGUUAACCUAUGUCCAGGCUCGUCUCGCGACGAUGCAGCGACUGCCAAUGCAAGUGGCUCCUCUUCCACACCCUCAAAGCUCUUCACCACCACCAACCUUUCAUUCCUCAGAUCACUUGGCAUCAAAUGCUGACUUGCAAAGUGCCCCUAUGAUGCACUUUGAUCCUCUUCAGCCACAUUCAGCAUCAUUAGAGUUAAGCAGCGUCGUUUUCAAUCAAUCAGAUCAACAACUCGAGGAUAGGGAACUCCAAGUUUUGGCACGGGAAUUUGUGAGCAAAUACUUGCCCGGAGUAAGGUUCCAGCAAUACAACUCUCCCUGAGGAAAAGAUAACUUUGUCAUUUUCUUGUGUUUUGAUGCCAAUGCUUUUGUUAAUCAUGUCUAGUUUAAUUUGCUGAGAAUGUUGCUAACUGUACUACUGGAAGAAAGUACUUCCAAAUAUGGAAGAAUUCUGUAUCAUGAUCA